AUGGAACAUUUAAUAAACGUGGGCAACAAAACAAAGGAUAAGGAACAGAAAGGAUUCAGCCGAGAUUAUGCAAAAACCAUAGCAUUGCUCUCAGCUCUUAAUUUCAACAGAUCGGAAAGCUUCGGGAAGACUGCUGAAACUGUUGAAAAUGAAGGAAAACAAGAAAAAACAAAAAGAGCGAAAAGUAGCAUCAUCAAAGAUUACUUGGUAGAUUAUACUGCUAAUUCUAAUCUUCAUGGAUUGAGAUACAUUGGAGAGAAAGAAAGAACUUAUGUGGAAAAAAUAUUCUGGCUGUUCAUGUUCACAUGCUGUGUGGUCCUCUGCGCGGGAUUAAUCAGAAAAGUUUGGAUAAAGUGGAACGAAAGUCCCGUGAUUGUAAGUUUUGCAGAGAACCCCACUCCAGUCUGGCAGAUCCCUUAUCCUGCAGUGACAGUCUGUUUUGAAACAAAGGCGAUGCAAAGGAAAUUUAAUUUCACGGACUACUAUCAUCUGUAUAUGAAUCAACGAGACAAUCUUUCUCUAUAUGAACAACACAUGUUUGAAGAUCUUACAAUGGUCUGUGAUGAUCAUCUUGCACCUCCAAACGGCCGAAGAUUUUCAUCUGGAGUCGAUACCGUAAACAACAUUAAAUCGGUAUCACCAAACUUGACUGAAGUUUUCUUUGGGUGUAAAUGGAAAGACAUACCAAGUGAAAACUGUUCCGAUUUGUUCUCUCCCAUUCUAACAGAAGAAGGACUUUGUUAUACAUUCAAUACUUUGGGACCAGAUGAAAUGUUUAGAUUAAAUAAUUUACAUAAAAACUACCCAUAUUUGGAGCAUGAUAAACGAGCAGAAUCGUGGAGCUUGGAAGAGGGAUACAUGUCAGGAACACCUAUAGAAACUUAUCCUCAUAGAGGCGCUGGAUAUGGUGUAAAAUCUGGACUCACCUUCUUGCUGAAAGCUAAAAAAAUCGAUCUGGAUUAUUUAUGCAGGGGACCAGUGCAGGGUUUUAAGAUACUGUUGCACAAUCCGGCAGAGCUGCCGAGGCUUUCACAACAAUACUUCCGAUCGCCUCUAUCGCAAGAGGUAGUCGUUGCAGUGAAACCUAAAAUGAUGACCACUUCCUCCGGCCUUAAACCUUAUGAACCUACCAGGCGACAAUGUUAUUUUCCAAGCGAGCGCUAUCUCCAUUACUUCAAAGUGUACACUCAAGCUAACUGUGAGAUGGAGUGCUUAGCGAACUUUACAUACACAAGGUGCGGAUGUGUGCAUUUCGGAAUGCCCUAUGGGCCGAAUAUGCAGGUGUGCAAUGCUGGCAGCAGAGAAUGUAUAAAAGCAGCUCAGAUGGAACUAGUGACAAUUGAAAUCCAGUCAGGUCUGGACAGUCGAGUGGGCAAUGAUUCGGAUUCCCUUGGGGAGGCUCUAGCGGUGUCAUCUAGGUGCCAGUGUCUACCAGCGUGCACAUCCAUCGAGUACGAGGCAGAGACGUCACAGGCCGACUAUGAUUGGGCAGCCAUAUUCCGAGCAUAUAAAUUGUACAACAUUUCUGAAGAACUAAAAGACCUGACGUACGCCCGUGUGAUGGUGUUUUUCAAAGAGGCCCAGUUCAUUACCUCUCGCCGGUCGGAAUUGUAUGGACAAACGGACUUCCUCGCCAACUGUGGUGGUUUACUUGGACUAUUCAUGGGUUUCUCCAUCCUCAGUGUCGCUGAAAUCGUUUAUUUCCUAACAUUGAGAUUAUGCUGCCUUCUUUGGCGUCGUCGAAACAAGCAGCGACGAAUUGAUUUUGCAAAAAGUUCUAACAUUCCUGGACCAAGUCCUAAUAAAGUGAUCCAUCCAUACAGCGAAUAA